AUGUCUACAACUAUCAAACCACUCAUACUAGCCGGGGGAAAGUCCACUCGAAUGGGGUCUCCAAAGCAUCUUCUUCCUACGCCUAAUGGACGUUCUUUAUAUCAACACCAAAUUGAAGUCCUUCAAAAGGCAUUCCCCGAAGCAGAGACUAUCUACAUUUCUCUGGCUCAAGACUCUGAGAUGGAUGAUCUUCUACAGAAUGCCGGUAAGGCUUCGUACGAAGCCACUCCAGGAGAGAAUAGCAUGGAGAUUAUUCUUGACCUGGAAUCGAGUCAAGUGGAUCAGUCGAAAGGGCCAGCAGCUGGACUACUUGCGGCAUAUGAGUCGGACUCUGAAGCGACUUGGCUAGUGGUGGCUUGUGACUAUCCUUGCAUUACUCCAUCUGCCCUGCAAGAACUCCAAGAACGCUAUAGGCCUCCUGUCACAUGCUUUAAAAACCAUGAGGGAUUCUGCGAGCCUCUUCUCGGAAUAUGGAGUCCAGAGGCUAUCAGCCAUCUCAAGGAGAACUGUAAAGCAGGAAAGCUCAGCCCCAGCAAGGCUGUUCGGGAACUUGGCGGUUGCACGUAUCUUCCUAACGACUCGGAAGCAUUGCUACGAAACGUAAACAUCAGAUCGGAAUGGGAGGGUACACUCAGAUCAUUUAAAGAUGAGCCGGCAGACAAUUUCAUUUAA